AUUUGAGAUGCAUUUUGGGGAAGGGGACAGACAGCUGGGUUGGUGCCAAAUAAAAUGGUGGUGAAAACUCCUGGAUUAUCGGAAGGACCCAGUUGGCUCAUUUAUUUCUCUGAGGAAAGGGAACCUCUGAUCACUGCCACAACUGCAGCAUCUCUCUUUCCCCCGCCGGGUGCAGCUCAUUCUUGCUCAGGUUGUUGACAAGCUGUGUUAUGAUGCCUUCGCGUAACAACGCUGCUGCUGGCAGCUCCAGUAGUAAAGUGAAAUACUCUAAACUUGCAGACAGUGAUGAGGGCUACAUCGACCUGCAGUUUAAGAAACUUCCUACAAAAAUUCCAUACAAAGCAAUUGCACUUGCAACCAUCUUAUUUUUGAUUGGCUCAUUGCUGAUUACCAUUGGUGCGCUCCUGCUGACUGGGUACAUCAGCAGUUCGUACAGUGAUACAACCUGGCCAGUGCUGAUCAUCGGGAUUUUGGUUUUUCUUCCUGGCUUUUACCAUCUUCGGAUUGCGUACUAUGCCUCAAGAGGAUACAGAGGCUAUUCCUAUGAUGACAUCCCAGACUUCGAUGACUGAAAACAGUUCUCUUCCUUGGGCUGGCUGCUGCAUGCAGUCUGCUUCAAGGCUGUCUGUGAUGGAUAGAAUAAGAGAACUCCCGUUCGUAAUGGCUAGAUUGCACCAAAUAGUAUUCCAGCUACAUGACAAUAAUGCAGUUAAUAAGGGUCAGCUUCGCUCCCCUGCUCGUCCCAUAUAAAUUUCAGACCUUCUGACUGAUUUGGAUAUUUCCAAAUUCCAGUGUUGAAGGGGUUUUCAAAGUUCUGCUCCCUUCCUGCUAAAAACUAUUGACAUAAACAUGUUUAUCAAGGUCUAGUGUGUUUCCUUUGGAUUAGGGAAGCUCUCAACCAGAAUCAAGUUUGCGCAACCCCACCACGGCAACAAAUGGCACUAGCCCAAGACUCCCAGAGCACACCCCAUCAGUGAGUGUAUUGGCAAGGAGACCCAUUACAUAGUUUUUCUCAUGCUAGAGACUCAAGAUUGAAACUGUCAAGCUGUAUUUAUAUUGAUUGUUUCAAAUAAAUGGGACAGAAUGCUGGUGGAUAUGAGCAAAGUAUUUCACACAACAUUGAAGUGUGUCAACUCAGUGAACUUUUCUAUUUUGUAUUGACUCUGUUGUACUGAAUUUCCAGCUUUCUGGGCUAGGAAGGCUGAUGAAUAGGAGAAUGUGUUAUAUUUACAGCUACAACCUCAAAAUCAGAGGGGGAAAAAUGAGUUAAAACAGGUACUGCUUCAUUGGUAGCCCAUUUAGUGAGGUCUCAGACUGAUGUUAAAUAUGAAUGCUGUGAUGGAAUUUUUGUGACUUGAGUAAACUUAAGUGUAAUGAACAUUACAUAGGAGCAGUACUUCCUCACACACCUUAAAAUCUAGUGACAUUGUAAUAUAGGCCUGUAAAUUUCAUUUGAGGUUCAAGCAACCUUUAUAUUGUAGAACCAAAUACCUUCGAUGUCAGUUUGUAUUUGGAUUGGGUCACUCUGCUCACCCACCUUCCCCCAUUCCUGAUUUUCACUUGCCAGGUUCACACUUAGUGGGAGCUCAUAUUUGCAAUUGUGCAAUUGUUGAUUUGUCAGAUAGAGGGAUAGAGUCCAUGUGGACCAGCGACAAUGAAGCGCCGAGGGGUCAUGCUGGCUGCCUGUCUGCACUUAGGCCCAAGGUGGCAGAUCCAACAUAAGCCCUGUGGGCAGGAACCAUCUAGCUUUGAUACUCUCAGUUCUUCUGAAAGAGACUGAUCUGAAAGCUUCCUUGGUUUUGCACAAUGUGGACUCAGGUGUCGGCUGGUUUAUGCUGCAGGAGUUCCUCUAGCUGCCAUUGGUGGCAAUGCUUUAGCAUCAAAGGGCACAAAUUUGCAUGUGUUGUGCCCAGAUUGGACUUCAGGAUGCUGCUGUUGCAUGCAGCAUUUUCCUUCUGUCAAAGAAGAAUGUCAACAGGUGCUAUUAUUCAAGGCAGAGUUAGACAGAUUUUUGAUAGACAAGGGAGUUUAGGAUUAUGGGGAGCAGACAGCAAAGUGGAGUUGAGACCAUAACCAGCUCAGCAAUGAUCUUAUUGAAUGAUUGAGCAGGCUUCAAGGUCUAAAUGGCCUAUUCCUGCUCCUGUUCAUUUACAAGCUGGGACUUAUUCUUUUGCAAGAUGACAUUUCUUGAUAACGAGCAAUGCACAGGGAUAGACUAGGAACAGAUCAGAGCUCAGCCUGAAGCUAUGACCUCCUUGUUCAAUUAGUCACUGAUCCCUGUCUUCAGUCUUAUCUUCCCUUCCAUCAGUAAUUUGUCUUUCUCUCCUGAAAUUGAGCAUCUCAAUUCAAAUUACCCAAUCAUCAGAGGUGGACAUUUGAUAAGCCUCCUAGCGCUGCUAUGAGAAUCCUAUUUAAUGGUGGUCAGAUUUUUCCAUAUGUCUUAAUCUAUUGUACAGUGCAGUAUUCCAAAGGAAUCAAAAGAUGAGCAUGACCAGUGAUGCUUAUUUGAAGGGGUUUUCUGUAAGAAAUUUGUUGGCGUUGGACAAAAAAGAUAACUUUAGUUCUUAUAAAUUGUGUGAACAGUGCAAGAUGCACUAAAUAAAAUAUUUGAUGUCUGA